AUGUCUGGACUCCAAGCUGUCAAGUACACCCGGGGUCGUCUCGAGGUCUUGGACCAGCUGAUACUUCCUCACGAAUUCCACUAUGAUGAGGUAUCCACCAGCGAGGAGGCUUUCGACUGUAUCAAGUCAAUGAGAGUUCGUGGUGCCCCAGCCAUUGCCAUCGUCGCUGCCCUCGCCCAUGCUGUCGAGCUGCACAACGGCAGCUGCAGCGCUACUUCAGCCCAAGACACCGUCACUUACAUUGACUCGCGUCUGGAUUACCUCAAGGAAAGCAGGCCUACUGCUGUCGACUUGACCAACGCCAUCAACCAACUAAAAACCCGCAUUAGAUGCGCGCCGCAAGAUGAUGCCAACACUGUCAUUGCUGCCUACAUUGAGGAAGCCGAGAAGAUCCUGCAAAAAGACCUCCAGACAAACCUCUCUAUUGGCGACCAUGGAGCCCGUUGGCUGAAAGAAGUGGCUGGUGCCUCUCCCGAAUCCAAAGUAUCCGUCCUUACCCACUGCAAUACCGGCUCUCUAGCAACAUCUGGUCACGGAACCGCACUUGGAAUUAUCAGAACACUCUGGUCCAACAACCUUCUUAAGCACGCCUACUGCACCGAGACAAGACCCUACAACCAGGGUAGCAGACUGACCGCUUUCGAGCUUGUUUACGAGAACAUCCCCAGCACUCUUGUUACCGACUCCAUGGCUGCUGCGCUUUUCAAACUGCAAAAAGAGAAGAUGAACAUUGCCGCCGUCAUUGUUGGUGCUGACCGUGUUGUUCGCAACGGUGAUACUGCCAACAAGAUCGGAACCUACCAACUCGCCGUGUUGGCCAAGUAUCACGGCGUCAAGUUCGUCGUCGCUGCUCCCACCACCAGCAUCGACCUCGAGACCCAGACUGGCGCGGGCAUCAAGAUUGAGGAACGCAAGCGAGAAGAGCUCACGCAGAUUUCCGGUGCUGUCGUCCAGGCUGAUGGGAGUGUCGAUGUCACUCGUACAGCGCGCGUGGCGACGGCGGAUCAACGCGUCAACGUCUGGAACCCUGCCUUUGACGUUACUCCGCAUGACCUGAUCGAUGCUGUUGUUACGGAGAAGGGUGCUGUAGUCAAGAACGCUGAGGGUCAUUUUGAUUUCCGUCACAUCAUGCCCGAGAGAUGGGCGCAGGUGGUCGGCCAGUGA